AUGACUUCCACCACUGUCGCAAUUAUCGGAGCAGGCCUAUCCGGCCUGACUCUUGCACUCGCUUUGCACAAGCAAGGUAUUCCAUGCACUAUCUACGAGUCACGUAAUGCCUCUCUCGACAUCGGCGGAGCUAUCAUGCUUUCGCCCAAUGCACUGCGCGUUCUCGACGCAGUGGAUAUCUACAAGACAAUCAAACCUCUAGGCUUCGAGUUCAAGAGUCUCCAUUUCUACACCGACAGGCCGCUGGACUCAUACGAAUUCGGAGACCGCCAAAAGUACGAGUACGAUGCCUUGCGCAUCUACCGCUACGAAUUGAUCGACGCCCUUCUAUCCGCCGUCAAAAAGGAACAAAUCCCCGUUCAAUAUGGCAAAAAGUUCGUCAAAGUACUCUCCGAGACCGAGACAAGCGUCACCUGGGAAUUCGAAGACGGCACAACCGGCCACGCAGCCUGUCUCGUCGGGGCGGACGGAAUCCACUCGCGAGUCCGAAAGUACCUGUAUCCUGAUUUGGAACCCCGCUUCACAAAUUCAGUAGGAGUCACAGCUGCCGUUCCAACAAAGCAGCUUGUCAUCCCGCAGUCGUACAAUAUGCCCUUGACAAUCAUGAACCCGAAACACGGCGCCUUCGUCAUCGCUCCCCAACUCACAGACGGCUCGGAGGUCCUAAUCGGCAAACAAAAGCGCGCGGGUGAAAUCGAUCGCGAUGGAUGGAACAAGUUAUUGAAUGAUAAGCAGUGGUGUGUUAAUUUUCUGCGCGAAGGAGCGGAGGAUUUCCCUGAGAUUGUGCAGACGGCUGUUUCCAACAUCCCGCUGAACAAGAUUAAUCUUUGGCCUUUUUAUGUGGUGCCGACGCUUGACAAAUGGGCUUCGAAGCAUUCGCGGGUCGUGAUUCUUGGUGAUGCGGCGCAUGCAAUCCCGCCGACCGCGGGACAGGGUGUGAAUCAGGCCUUCGAGGAUGUUUACACGUAUGCUUUGAUUCUUGCAAAGUGCCGGGAGAAGAAUCUUGAUCAUGGGCUUAAGGUUUGGCAGCAGGGGAGACAGGGGCGUGUUGAUCAGGUGUUGGAGCUUAAUGCGCAGAUUGAUGCACGAAGGUUGCCGAGAGGGCCGGGGCAGGCGGCUACGGAGUUGGAGAGUAAGCCUUUUGACUUGGCGUGGCUGUAUAGUCCUAACUUUGAGGAGUUGGUGGAUGGGUGGUUGGAGCAAGAUUCUACCGCUUGA